CUUCUGGAAUGGGAGUAGCCCGGGAGCCGGAGCCGGCAGCUGUGGGUGCCUUUCUCCGUCCUAGCAACUCCCAGCGUUCCGGGGCCCCGCAGGCGAGGCGCCCACGCUGUGCUCCGGAGGGUGCGGCUGCCCCCGCGGAGCGGUGCACGUGGAAAAAAAAAAAAAAAAGCUGGGAACAAGCGGAGGGGAAGACUGGAGCCGAAGCCCUAGCCGGCGCCGGAGCCUCUCCUAGCCUGAGCCCGGCCCCUGCGCCGCGCCGCACUCGGUCUGUCCCUCCCUCCCUCCCUCCCUCCCUCCCGGUCGGGCACAGCUCCCCCUCGCCCUUCUCAUCCUUCCUGCCAUUGUAGGGAGAGGCGGCGGCGAACGCUGUAACCUCCGCCCAGCUUAGCAGCCCGGAGCGGGCCAGAUCUCCCCCGCCGGGCUGCCUGGAGCGAAGGGAGAAGGAGGUAAGACGCGGGGCGGUUCUGGCUGGCCCCGGAGUCGGAAGAGCGAGCGGUAGCCGCCGAGGAGAGGAAACAAGGCUCAGGCGGCCAAAGUCCUUCCCUGCUCGCCUGUCUGCCUGUCUGCCUGUCUGCCUGCCUGCUUGCCUGCCUGCCUUCCCUGGCUCCUAAGCUUUCCUUCUUUUUGCUUCGCUGGCCCUUCCUCCUCCCUCUGUCCUGGGCUGGAUGACUGAGACAUUUUAGACAGGAAAAGAAAAAGGAAGAAAAGAAAAGAAAAAAAAAAAAGGGAGAAAGGGGACACAAGCCAGCGAGGAAGCGAGAGCUCAGGGGGUUGCGGGUGAUUUCUCCUCGGAUAAGCCACCUAGAGGCGACUCUGUUUUUGUCUCCCCAGUGGCUCUGCGCCCUCCGCCCUCCCUCUCUGAUCCUGUUGACAAUAUUCACACGGCAGAGAGUAGUAGAGAUGCUUCGCUACAACAUUACAGUUUCCGACACCUUUUUAUAACUCGGCUCGAUCCCCCUCCACUCGACCUGUCAAAACCACGCCUAUGGAGCUACACAAUUGGUCCGAAAGCGUCAAAGAGCCAAUCAAGAAAGCUUGAGCUUCCUCGCAGCUCACAACACAUCCGCACGAUCUGGCGCAAGGAGAGCAGACUCACUGGGAUUUCUUGAGGCUGAGGGUGUCUCUCGUACAGCUCUCUCGCUCUCUUUCUGUCUCCGUCUCUUUCUCUUUCUCUCCCUCCCUCACCCUCUCCCCCCACCCUUUUUUUUUCUCUCUUCUUCCCUAUCCUUUUCUCUCUCCCCUCCUUCCUCCCUCCUCCCCUCCUCCUUCACCUUUCCUAGCUAGGACUGAAAUCCACAUUAUUGCAAGGAAGCAGAGAGACUGGGGGGAGGGAAACGCAAGGAAGGCUCAUUGAAACCGAGCCCUCAUCCGAAGCUUAGGGGGGAAGGAGAGAGAGAAGAACAGAAGCCCAUUCGCAGCUCGAGUUGGGUCCUAGCUGUUUGUUGUUAGAAUAAUAAUUUCUUUUCUUUUUUGGAAGGGGGGAGAAUCUCUGUGUGUAUGUGUUGGCGAUUUUCCCCUCCCUUCCUCGCUCGCUUUCUCUGUCUCGGAGCAGAGAUUAAGUCGAAUUGAAGAACUAGGACAAGGAAGACGGGAAGAAAAAAAGGAAGAAAAGCAAAAUUACAGCAUUUGCCCAAGGAGUUCCAGUCCCAUCUUCAGUCGAGAAAGACUGGGCCCGGGAACCCAAGAUUCCCGGAACUCGGAGCGCAGCGAUUCUAGAGCCGAGAGCCGAGAAAGCAGUACUCGGGCUGGUCGGGGAGAAAGCCAGAAAUCCCAGGGACUAUCUGCUCUUGCCUCCCGGUGAAGGCUGCCGGGAAGGACUGCCGGGACCAGUGGAAAAACAGGACCCAAGGGUGCCCAUCGCCAUGAGUGAUUAUGCCUCCGAAUCCUGAGCUUGGAAGUUUUUAGAAAGCAAUUCCCCACUCCUCCUUUACAAAACACAGACUGAAUCUAUCACAUCUCUCUCGGCCCCAUCAUCCAAAGGAAGUGUUUUCUGAGUUCCCGUGAGGUUCUCUCUUUUUUAACGAUGUACUGUUAAAAAAGCAGGGGGCCACUUUAGUGAGGACUCGAGUGCAGCAGCCGGAGCCCCGAUCCCAGACAGCAGCGCGGCGGCUGAGCCUCCCCAUGAGAGAGCCGGUCAUCCCUGGGACAAGCAUGGCUUACCACCCUUUCUUACCUCACCGGGCUCCGGACUUCGGCAUGAGCGCCGUGCUGGGACACCAGCCUCCUUUCUUCCCGGCUCUCACCCUGCCUCCCAAUGGGGCUGCGGCGCUCUCGCUGCCGGGGGCUCUGGCCAAGCCCAUUAUGGAUCAAUUAGUCGGGGCCGCAGAGACCGGCAUCCCCUUCUCUUCCCUGGGUCACCAGGCGGCUCCUCAUCUGAGGUCUCUGAAAACCCUGGAACCCGAGGAGGAAGUCGAAGACGACCCCAAAGUCCACCUAGAAGCGAAGGAGCUUUGGGAACAGUUCCAUAAAAGAGGGACUGAGAUGGUGAUCACCAAAUCCGGAAGGAGAAUGUUCCCUCCGUUUAAAGUGAGAUGCACUGGGUUGGAUAAAAAGGCCAAGUAUAUUUUGUUGAUGGACAUUGUAGCUGCGGACGAUUGUAGAUAUAAAUUCCAUAAUUCCCGGUGGAUGGUCGCGGGCAAGGCUGACCCUGAAAUGCCCAAACGAAUGUAUAUUCAUCCCGACAGUCCUGCGACGGGCGAGCAGUGGAUGUCCAAAGUGGUCACUUUUCACAAACUGAAACUGACCAACAACAUUUCUGACAAACACGGAUUUACCAUUUUAAACUCCAUGCACAAAUACCAGCCUAGGUUCCACAUUGUUAGGGCCAAUGAUAUCCUGAAACUUCCCUACAGUACAUUUCGGACUUAUGUGUUCCCUGAGACAGAAUUCAUCGCCGUGACCGCAUACCAGAAUGAUAAGAUAACCCAGUUAAAGAUUGACAACAAUCCCUUUGCCAAAGGGUUCCGAGAUACCGGGAAUGGCAGACGAGAGAAGAGAAAGCAACUGACUUUGCAAUCCAUGAGAGUGUUUGAGGAGAGACAUAAAAAGGAAGCAGGAACCUCGGACGAAUCCUCCAGUGAGCAGACAGCUUUCAAAUGUUUUGCCCAAUCCUCCUCUCCAGCCGCUGUGUCCACAGUUGGAACCUCUAAUCUCAAAGAUCUGUGCCCCAGCGAGGGUGAGAGCGAUGCUGAAAGCAAGGAAGAGCCCCCCGAGGCCAGUGACAUGGCGAAAAUAUCCACCACCACAUCGGAGGAGCCUUCUAAAGACAAGGGCACCUCACCCUCCAAAGCCCACCUCUUCUCAUCCGAGAGAGAUCGAGAUAGAGAUCGGGAUCGGGACCGGGACCGGGAUCGAGAUCGGGACCGAGACCGAGACCGGGCCAGGGAAGGGAUUCGGCUGGAAAAGAACUCCCCAGAUUCGCGUCAUAGUCCAGCUGCCAUCUCCUCUAGCACCCGAAGCUCAGGCUGUGAGGAUCGAAAGAGCCCUGGCCGGGAAGGGAUCCCGAAGGUCCCCGAGGAGGGGCGCCCAGUGCUCCCGGGGAAGGAGACCUUCACCCCUCUCACAGUGCAGACGGACAGCUCAUCGCACCUGAGCCCAGCCCACCUCCCGAACCUGGCAUUCCCCCCUGGUCUGGCUAGCCAACAGUUCUUUAGCCCCCUGGGCAACGGCCAUCCCCUCCUCCUGCACCCUAGUCAGUUUGCUAUGGGGGGUGCUUUCUCCAGCAUGGCCGCUGGGAUGGGUCCCCUGCUGGCCACUGUAUCUGGAGCUUCCACAGGAGUCACCGGCUUGGACACCACGGCCAUGGCGACGGCGGCGGCCCAGGGACUAUCAGGGGCCUCUGCAGCAGCCUUGCCCUUCCACCUCCAGCAGCACAUGCUAGCCUCUCAGGGACUGGCCAUGUCGCCCUUCGGAAGCCUCUUCCCCUACCCUUACACGUACAUGGCAGCAGCUGCGGCUGCCUCCACCGCGGCGGCUGCUUCCAGCUCGGUCCACCGGCACCCUUUCCUGAACGCAGUGAGACCCAGACUUCGCUACAGCCCGUACUCCAUCCCCAUGCCCCUUCCUGACAGCAGCGGCCUGCUCGCUCCGGGUCUCCCUUCAAUGGCUGCGGCCGCCGCCGCUGCGGCGGCCGCGACGUCGGGCGGCGUGUUGGAGAGCAAAGCGGCCAACCUAGCCUCCAGCCCGGCCUCCGUGGCUUUGGACUCGGCCUCUGAACUCAAUAGCCGAUCUUCUACCAUAUCCUCUGGUUCUGUGUCUUUGUCCCCAAAACUCUGCCCUGAGAAGGAACCCUCCACCAGCGAACUGCAGAGCAUCCAGCGUCUAGUGAGCGGCCUGGAGUCAAAGCAAGACAGAUGCCGCAGUGGAUCCCCUUAAUGGCCUGCACCUCGAUCCCAGAGUUCCAAGCAAGGGGACCCUUUCGGGUGGGAGGGAUGGGCGCAGCAGCGUAUGGGGGUGAGGGCGUCCCCAUCCUGAAUUCUUGUGUCUCAUUCCAAAUCAUUCUGUCGCAGUGCACUUUGUAAACUAUGGUGAAUUCCCUCAGAUGGCCCCUCUGGAAAGGGCUGGGCUGGGGGCUCAGCUGAGGCUGAGGCUUGAAGGGGGUGGGAUUGGGAGGGAGAAGGGUUGAAUGGAGGAAAAGACCUAAAAGCUGCUAUGUUUCAGAACCGUGCUCUCAUGGAAAGGUCAUGUUUGUCCCCUAGAAAGCAGAGAUGGCCAAGUUCAUCUCCAGAGAUGUCCUCCCCCCUCCCCCACUCAGUGUGUAAAAUAGACUAAAUGAAAUAAAAAUGAAUGGAAAUGAAUAAGGAAAGAAAAGUGAUUUUUUAAAAAAAGAGUAUAAAGUGACUUGCAUAUCAGUUCUUCAAAAUGAAAUUGAAUGCAGAACUCUUUGGGGGUGGGAUGAAGAUAUACCUGUAGCCCUUUGUUAGCCUGUAUUAAUGAAAUCUGUGUCUUUUUAAUAUUAUUGUGAUGUCUUGAGAGCCCCCAUAGGGCCCUUGCAUGCUCUACAGUAGUCUAUUUUUUUUUCUGUUUUAUUUUUCUGAAUGUUUAUUUCCCAGGGAGAAAAUGACCCUUCUUUCCCCUCCCAUCCCACAACUGCAAGAGCCCCCCUAAUAUUAAUAAUUUAAAAAGAGGCAGAUAAAGAAGUGGGAGGGGAAUUGAAUUUAUUUUAUCAAAGUUUGGUUGCUAGUUGUCUCCCUUGAUUUCCUUCUCUUUACUGUAUAUGCAAUAACAAAGUUAUUAAAAAUAGUUAAAAAAAAAGAGAAGUGGACACUAUUAGACAAAGUAUUUAUGUAAUUAUUUGGUAACUUGUAAAUAAGUGGAAUAUGAAUACUCAAAAUUAAACUUUAAUUUAUUGACACUGUACAGAUCUCUGUAAAUAAGGCAGCAGCUGUCCCGUUUAGUUCUCCAUUUCAUUUCAAGGUCAGACUUGGAAAACAAGGAAACAUACAGCUCUGGGCUGUUUUUUUUCCCCCCUAUCUUUUUUUUUUUAUUUUUUCUUUUUUUCUUUUUUUGCAAGUACCUCCUAAUAACCAAGUUGAUUAAAAAAGUCCUAAUGCAGAAGAUAAAAAUAAAUUAAGGGGAAGAGUGCUACUUCAGGUCCUUUCUUGAGUCAAAUGAAGGGGUGGAGAUUAAGAUAGGGAGAGAAAAAGGGGCAAAGCAGAAUCUUGUGGUCUGGAUUUCUCUUUCUGAAUUUGCCCAUUCUUUUUGUGUCCAAAUGAAAUGGGUUUGACUACUGGUGUCUCUGUGUUAUAGAUUAUUUCUCAGUUGGUGCCUAGAGAGAAUAGCUAAUCCAAGUUUGAAAGUCAGGUGUUUUCAAGGAAAAAAAAAACCCACCAAACUCUUUUAAAAGAAGUAAAAUCCAUGAAGGUAUAUUUUGUGUUAUAGAAUCGUUAAUGAGUUCUUGGUUUUCUGUAUUUUUUUUUCUUUUAAAACGUCACUGAAAUUUCAAUAAAUUUUUAUUGAAAUGUC